AUGUCAUGCAAAGAAGCCAAAUUGGAAGAUGGGUACUCGGUAUCUUCAUCGCAACUUCAAACCACUACUAAGCAACUCAGUCAGGACAACCAAUCCUACGAUUCCUCAUUUGUCUCAUUUUUCAAAUCAUUCAAAGUAGACAGGUCAGAAAUUGCCAAAGGAGCAGAUGUUCUCACGCCAGAAGAUAGUCUACGCGGUUACCAAAUUAAAUUGAUUGCGCUUUCUUCAUGUAUCGGGUCCGGAUUAUUCAUCAGUAGUGCAUCGAUGAUCUCGUCAGCUGGUGCAGCGGGUACGGUGAUUGGGUAUUCUAUCGUGGCUGUAUUGAUGUUUUUCGUUGUACAAGCAUUGGGCGAAUUGACAAGCUCAUACCCCGUUAGAGGUAAUUUUCUCAUUUACAACUCACGUUUUAUCGAUGAAUCGUGGGCAUUUGCCAUGAACUGGAACUAUUGCAUGCAAUGGAUUGUUACCAUUCCUUUAUCAUUAGUGGGAGCUUCAAUGACGAUUCAAUACUGGAAUCAAGACAUAAACCCCGGUGCAUGGGUGGCCAUUUUCUGGGUGUUUAUCUGUGCCAUCAAUGUUUUCGGAGUGAAAGGGUACGGCUACGGCGAAAGUGUCUUUUCAAUGAUCAAAGUAGUUGCCAUUUUAGGCUUUGCCAUAUUGGCCAUUAUUUUAGUUGCUGGAGGUGGUAAGCAAGGCUACAUUGGUGGCAAGAACUGGCAUCCACCUUUUGCCAAUGGCUUCAAAGGGACUUGCAACACCCUUGUCAAUGCAGCAUUCAGUUUUGCUGGUACCGAGUUGGCAGCAAUUGCUGCUGCUGAAACCUCAAACCCUCACAAAGCAUUAAUCAAAGCAACAAAGCAAAUUUUCUGGAGAAUCGCCGUGUUUUACAUGUUGUCAGUCAUUUUAUUGUGUUUUUUGGUGCCCUUCAACGAUCCUAAAUUGUUGGGUAACUCAAACUCAUCAGCAUCGCCUUUUGUUAUUGCAAUUUCCAAUGGGGGAAUUAAUGUUUUGCCAUCAAUUUUCAAUGCUGUCAUUUUGAUUGCACUUUUAUCAGUUGCAAAUGCUAGUGUUUUUGCCACUUAUAAACCAUUGGUUGCGUUGGCGGAGGCUGGCCAUGGACCAAAAUUUUUAGCAUAUCUUGACCGAAAGGGACGACCAAUUUUUUCCAUAAUAGUUGCGUUGGCGUUUGGAUUGAUUGGAUUUGUCGGUGCUUCCAAAAAUCAGGAAACUGUAUUUGCAUGGUUGUUGGCCUUGAGUGGAUUAUCGUGCCUCUUCAUCUGGUUUUCAAUAUCUUUGGCUCAGGUUCGGAUUAACUAUGCAUGCAAAGUUCAAGGUUUGGAUUUGUAUCGGCCAUUUAAAGCCAUUGGUGGCGAUUAUGGUGCCUACCUUUCAAUGAUUUUGAAUGUUUUAAUUUUGGUGGCUCAGUUUUAUGUUGCAUUGUAUCCAAUCAAUGGGAAGCCUUUGCAAGCAGACACCUUUUUCCAAGCAUAUUUGGCUGCUCCAAUUGUGUUGGUAUUGUAUGUCGGCCACAAAAUUUGGACAAGAAACUGGAAAAUGUACAUCAGGGCAGAAGAAAUGGAUCUUUUGACAGGAAGAAAUGAAAUGGACAUAGAAGUGGCAAUGCAAGACCUAUAUGACGAAAAACAAAGAUGGAGGCAAAAGCCGUGGUGGUAUAAAGCUGUGGAUGUAUGGUGUUAG